CUUCUAUUUCAAGCAGCUUUUGUGCUAUCUGUGAAUUGCAUCGGUGACAUUUUGGGAUAUUUAACGUCUAUCAUUAUUAUCGUUAUCUGUAACUUGCAUCGAAGACAUUCGAGAAUAUUCAAAGGAAUUGUUUUGGGUUUUCGAAGACCAAGAAAAAGCCUCGGUUCUCUGUUACGCAUUUUACAUGUGAGUGUCUGGGUUUGAAUGGUUAAGAAUGCGAUAUCAGAUGCUGCUGUUGCUGUUGCUGUCGAUGGUAGUUAAUGCUGAAAUUGUCAGUUCCAAGGGAAAGGAUUUUGUAAUUGCCCUCAUGCAACAAAUUUCGUCCGGGUCGGCGACGCUUCAAAUUUCCAGUGACGUCACAACGACGGUUACAAUCGAAGCGCCAUUUAUCGGAUACCAGCGAACGCUGAGCAUUGGACCCGGCUUGAUAGAAACCCGGAUGGAGUCUACACUUAGGGAAACCAGCUCCAAGAUUUCCUUCAAAGGCAUCCGUGUCAAAUCUGAGAAACCUAUCUCGAUCGUUGUUAUUGACGACACCAGUCCAAGCGUCGGUGCGUUCCUUGCACUUCCGGUGGAGAGCCUUAGCCACGAGUACAUGGUCGUCUCCCAUCCGGGCCGGAAGAGCGAGCUGAUAGUGUCGCCGGCGGCUGACAGAACUACGGUAUCCAUCUCGUUGAGGACGACAAGCAACGUGACGUUUAACGGACUGGUGUAUAGCAGCGGCGAGGUAAUACGAGAGGUCCUGGACAGCUUUCAAACGUGGCAAAUACAGAGCGACAGCGAUCUGACCGGGACGGUGAUUAAGUCCGACGGCAAGGUGUUUGCGUCUUCCGGAAGUCAGUGUGCGCAUAUACCGGAAGUAGCCAAAGAUUGCGACUUCAUAGUGGAACAGUUGACGCCGGCUAUUUCAUGGCAGACGGACUACAUAGUGCCUUUGGCGCGGUCAUGUUUGAACACUGUACGUAUUAUUGCGCGUGAUGAUGGUGCCAACGUGAAAGUCACGCAUGCCGGACGCAGUUGGUCCACUACGCUGACCGCUGGUGGGUUUGACGACCGAAGCUUUCCACAUGACCCCGCAUCGGAUCCUGUGGUUAUCGUGCAGUCGAGCAGACCGGUCAUGGUGACCAAUAUCAUAUCAUCAGAUCCAAACGCAGCACCGGAAGUCUGCGGACCGGCCAUGACCGUAAUACCAGCCGUGACCCAGUUUAUUGAUUCCUACAACUUUCGGAUACCAUCAGUGCGCAGGAGCGAUUUGAAACUUAUACUGCCGGCGGCGAAAAUGAACGGCGUUCUUAUUAACGGACAACCGUUACACGUUAUGUCAUCAGUUCAUGUGUUCACUGGAACGUUUUUUGAUUAUUACGUCAUCGACGCCGGUACAUCAGGUCUAGGGAAUGAUUUAAACAUCACGCAUCGCGAGAAUAUCGAUUUUGGUGCUGUUUUCUAUGGUAUGAUGGGAAGUGACUCGUUCGCACUACCGCUUGGAAUGUCUUUGGAUCUAACGAAUGCUAAUGACGUCAUUCGCUUGGUGGGUGGCAGUUCUGCAGCGAAUGGCCGGGUGGAGGUGUAUCACCAUGGUAACUGGGGCACCGUCUGCGACGCAGCGUUCGACAGAAAGGACGCCGCCGUCGUGUGUCGGCUGCUCGGCUUCUACUUCGGAGCUGCGGAUCCCGUCCCCAGUAGGUACGGCCCCGGGAAGGGGAUGGUGAUGGUUGACAACCUGGACUGUGACGGGGUAGAGGCUGACCUUCACCUUUGCAGGUCAGGGCCGUGGGAACAAUCCACUUGCCCGCAUUCAAGGGACAUCGGGGUUAAUUGCUCUACCGAUCUGCGACUAGUUGGGACGACAGACCCGAGGGAGGGGCGCGUGGAGGUUUUUUACAAUGACGAGUGGGGGACCGUCUGCGACGACUACUUUGACAGGCGGGAGGCAGAGGUCGUCUGCAGGGCGCUGGGCUUCGGCGUGACUGGUUACUUCUACACGGGAGGGGGCGGGGCGGGCCGACAGUGGCUGGAUGACCUUCAGUGCUCGGGCCGGGAAGCGGAUAUUGGUCAGUGCAUGUCCAAGAACUGGGGCGUCACGGACUGUGGGCACGACGAGGAUAUCUGGUUAGCCUGUUACCCGCAGACGAAGGUCAGACUUGCGGGAGGUCGGUCUUCUGCCGAGGGAAGGCUCGAGGUGUACGCGAAGAGCGGCUGGCAUAGCGUGUGUGAUCACAUGUUUGACGUCAAUGAUGCAAGCGUCGUCUGCACGAUGCUCGGGUACUCCGGAAUGCAGACCGGCAGUACCGCGCAGAUAAGCGUUUACACACAUGCGCAGUUCGGUCAAGGUCAAGGCCAGGUUGCUAUCGAUGAGCUGAACUGCACCGGACACGAGGCUGACAUCGCGGACUGCCCGUCUCGUCCCUGGUUGGUCACUUCCUGCUCGCACCUGCAUGACGUUGGUGUUGGGUGCGCGAGUUCGAUACGCAUGGUGAACGGAACGAGCACCACUAACGGUCGCCUGGAGGUGUACUUCCGAGGACAAUGGGGCACGGUGUGCGAUCGAAACUUCGGUGCAUCAGACGCACAGGUCGUCUGCAACCAGCUGAAUUUCCCAUACUUUUCUGGAUACAACUCCGUUAAAACCGGAAGUUACUACGGAAGCGGAAACAGGCCUGUGGUUAUUGACAAUGUCGGUUGCAAUGGCGACGAGAUCGACAUCGCGUUGUGCGCAUCAAACCCUUGGCUCAGCAGCACUUGCAGCGACAACAGCAUAGUUGGGGUUGAUUGUGGAACGAGCGUGCGACUUGUUGGUGGUUCGUCGCCUACGGAAGGUAGGGUGGAGGUCUACUAUAACGGAAGAUGGGGCACAGUCUGCUCGGACAACUUCGACCAGCGAGAUGCUGACGUCAUCUGCGAUCAACUAGGCUAUAGAUUUGGGACUCCUAGGAAGGUGUAUGUAAACGGCCACUACGGGCAGGGAAGCGGACCAAUCACCGUAGACGAGUUGCAGUGUGACUCAACAGAAAGCGACAUUCAGUUCUGUGUUUCCGAUCCGUGGCUGUCACAUGACUGCACACACGCGCAGGACGCCGGCGUUGAUUGCGGAUUGCGCCUCAGGGACACUCUUGCUUCUGACAGCAUCUGUACCUCCUCACGCUGGAACAUCCGGUUGGAUAUGCGCCUCAUGGAGCGAGUAUUCCCUCACUCGAACGCGGGCGACAUUGCCCUCGGUCAGACUCAGCACUGCAGUGGUCAACUUCAAGGUCACGAACUUGUUUUCACGAACGGUCUGAGCUCAUGCGAUACAACAGUUACGACGACCCCGGAGUUCAACGUGUAUACGAAUCAGCUCCAGUAUCUAUAUCACGACCCUCUACACCCGAGCAUCAUCAGGAACGUGAAUUGGACGUUCACACUCAACUGCGAAAUAUUCAGAAAUGGGUCCGUCAACUUCGGCAUCAACCCGGGAAAUAGCAACACUGGAAACUCGAUAGAUUCCACUGCUCAUUUCACCAUCGUACAGACAUUUUAUAGCGGGUUUGUGAACCAGCAGUUUGUGAAUCCCCUUCCGGACAACCCGCUCCAGCUAGCGAUCAACUCCGACGCGUACGUCCGUCUACGCUCUCCCGACGCCGACGGGAAUACGAAGAUGAUCGUCCAGUCGUGCUUGGCAACGCCGACGAACAACAAAAACGACCCGCGAAGGCUGCCGUUGAUUACAGACAGAUGCGAGUCAGACCAAUCCGUGCAGAUAGUCCUGUCUUCGUCACAUGACUUUGGUUUCAAAUUCCACGCGUUCUCGUUCGACCAAUCCAAUCAGGGCAUCUUCAUCCACUGUGAAGUCAAGUUCUGCCCCGUGACGUCAUUCACCCCAGAGUGUCAACAGUUUUGCCGUCACUGAAAUCUGAUGACCACGAGUUAUUAAAGCUUUGUUUCGAGCUGUGUUAAACAAGGAAAAUAGAACAUCAAUAAAUAAUUGUAUAUUC